AUGCCAGUGUCGGAAGCGCCAGAGCAGCGACAGAGCCGGCGCGCUGCUGUGCGCACCAUCUGCAGAUUGAGUACUGCUUUGGCCAGCCCAGAGAAGUUGGGCAAAGAUGUCGGCGGGCAGUUGCUGGCAGAGCGCGUCGUACAACUUCGCCAGGUUUUAGAAGGCGAGGAGCUACAGCUCUUAGAGGACACUGUGCAGCAGUAUGAAAGUGCGGUUGGGAGAGCUUUAAAUUUCUCCGAUGAGCUGAACAAGGCCCGUGGGCCUCAUGUGGCCGUGUCACGCAACCGAUCCCACUUUUACGUUUACUGCACCAAAGUGGGAACUCUAUGGUCCUUUACCAACUACUGGCCCUUUGUGGAUUACGAAGUACAACCUCAUUGGCUUAUGGGCUGGUGGGCCACGGGGAAGUUGACUAACGAGCAGUACAAGGGAUAUUUGCGACGCUGCAAGCGCUCUUACAGAACAUUGUUACAAAAUUUUGAGUCUGUGGUGCAAGCUGAGAAAGCUGCGCAGCUUACAGAGUACCGCGAGGCCGUAGCCCAGGUGUUGUCCUUAGCGCGCUUGCCCUUUCGAUGUGUUGAUGACCCGUUUGUGGCUAAUCUCAGUAGACUCAGUAGACUUGUCAGCGCCUACGACCAGAUGAGGUUGUUUCCAAACUUGCAGGCGUUCCUGGACCAGUUCCACUGGGCAACAGAUCGGUACAAGAUUUAUGCUCUUCAAGGGCACUCGCAAGCAGCAAAGACAUCGUUUGUGAAGUCGCUGUUUGCCAAACCUUUUGUCGUGACUAUUCAAGGGCAGGACGUCUUGAAUCUACAAGCCUUUGAGUAUGGCCAUCACGACGCCCUUAUCCUAGACAACCUGGUGGAUUGGUCUUUGAUACUACAGUACCGUGCAUUGCUUCAGGCUAAUGUGGACUUGCAUCGGUUGGGUGAGUCUGCGACAGGCAUCUACGCGUACUCCGUCUUCCUUUGGGCUGUGCCCAUCUGCAUUACGCUGGAUGCUGAUGUGAAUUGCGUUCUCGGCGACGAGCUGGCGGAGCUGAAACGCCGUCGCGCUGAAUUGCGUGCCGACAACCGUGAUUUGGCCAAGCAAGAGAAGAACCUGAAGAAGCGGCGUGCCAGGCUUCUGCAGGCAGGAGAUGUCAACGUGGGAUGUAUGCAAGAAGGCAUGGAUGUUGCCCAUGUCGUCGCGCGCUUUGUGCUUCAGGCGAUGACGGAGUCCAUCCUGCGCUUGGACCAGUUGAAGAUGUUGUCGAUGUGGAAGGCUCCUGCGCACCCGCGACCAGUGGCUAACGACGAGGGCGCAGGCGUGUCAGCAAGGAUGUAUGGUUGUGCAGCAGGGUGGAUGAUGCAGCGCGCCGAACUUGCAAGAAAGCAGGCGUGCACCCUGCAGAUGGAGCAGCUGCAGGUCAUGUCGCUCACGACGAGGGCAGAGGCAGGCCGUUGUCGAAAAGGGAACAUAUCUCACCUCGCAAAGCGCCAGGCGAGCAUCUUGGGGCGGAUGUGGUCGAGGAGAUCGAGUGAGGACGAAUGCCAUGGCCGCAAUUCGCAAUUCUCCUAUACAGGACAGUCCGACAGUGCUACAGUGUCCUACAGGAUUUUCUGUGCAGCAGCCUUGGUUGCUUAG